UGGUCUUGACAGAAGAGUUGAAGUCAGAGUUGGUCUCUCGGUGUGUGUGCAGGAGUUGUGCGGCUGUCAGAAGAGCAGGUCGCCUAAAAGAAACCCUUGCUGCUGCUGGUGGGGAGGCUGUGUUUCAUCGCUCCUGGAGAGACAUUUAAUUGUGAAAUGAUACAGCAGCUAAAACUUCAGUUCUAGCAGUGGGAAACAAGAGAAACUGGACGAGUCACAAAGGAACGGCGGAGGCAGAGUUUUUAAGAAGCUGGGACUCUGUUGCAAUCAGAGCAGAUGGGCGAGACGGAGGAUGAGCGGACGGCUCAGGCCAGCCAGCUCUUUGAGAACUUUGUCCAGGCGUCCACAUGUAAAGGAACCCUGCAGGCCUUCAGCAUCCUCUGCAGACAGAUGGAGCUGGAUCCUUUGGACCACGGCAACUUCUUCAGCUCCUUGAAGGCAGCAGUCAGCUCCUGGAAAGUCAAGGCCUUGUGGACAAAAUUAGACAAACGGGCACAGCAGAAAGUGUACAACCAGAAUAAAGCCUGCCAAGGAACGAGGUGUCUGAUCAUCGGUGGCGGCCCCUGCGGCCUGCGAACGGCCAUCGAGUUGGCCCUGCUCGGCUGCAAAGUGGUGGUGAUCGAGAAGAGGGACACCUUCUCCAGGAACAACGUGCUCCACCUCUGGCCCUACACCAUUCAUGACCUCAGGGCUCUCGGGGCCAAGAAGUUCUACGGAAAGUUCUGCGCCGGCGCCAUCGACCACAUCAGUAUCCGCCAGCUGCAGCUGAUGCUGCUGAAAGUGAGUCUGAUCCUGGGAGUGGAGAUUCACGUCAAUGUGGAGUUUGUAAAACUUCUGGAGCCUCCGGAGCAGCAGACGGAAGACGGUCCUGGUUGGCGAGCAGAACUCCGGCCCUCCAAUCAUCCAGUCUCUGACUUUGACUUUGAUGUGGUGAUCGGUGCAGACGGUCGCAGAAGCACAUUAGAUGGUUUCAGUCGCAAGGAGUUCAGAGGAAAGUUGGCAAUCGCUAUAACAGCCAACUUUGUCAACAGGAACACCACAGCAGAAGCGAAAGUCGAGGAAAUCAGCGGCGUCGCCUUCAUCUUUAACCAGAAAUUUUUUCUGGAACUGAAAGAGGAGACGGGAAUUGAUUUGGAAAACAUUGUUUACUACAAGGACAACACCCACUAUUUUGUGAUGACUGCAAAGAAGCAGAGCCUGUUGGACAAAGGGGUCAUCAUAAAUGACUACAUAGAAACGGAGCGGCUGCUGAAUUCUGACAACGUUAACCAGGAAGCGUUGUUGUCGUACGCUCGUGAGGCUGCGGACUUUGGCACCAACUACCAGCUGCCGUCGCUGGACUACGCCAUCAAUCACUACGGGCAGCCAGACGUGGCCAUGUUUGAUUUUACCUGCAUGUACGCAUCAGAGAACGCCGCCCUGAUUAGGGAGAAACAUGGACAUGAGCUGCUGGUUGCGCUGGUGGGAGACAGUCUUCUCGAGCCUUUCUGGCCGAUGGGUACUGGUUGUGCUAGAGGCUUUCUGGCUGCCUUCGACACUGCUUGGAUGGUGAGGGGCUGGGCACAGGGAAAGAGCUCCUUGGAGAUACUGGCAGAGAGGGAGAGCAUUUACCGUCUGCUGCCUCAGACCACACCGGAAAACAUCAGUAAAAACUUUGAACAGUAUACGAUUGAUCCUGCUACCCGCUACCCGAACCUGAACUCCAGCUGUGUACGUCCACACCAGGUUCGUCACUUAUUCAUUGAUGGUCAAUCGGGUCUGGUUGAAAAAGGAGGGCUGUCACGAAGACCAGUUAACCUGCCUAGAAAAGAAUCUGAGGUGCGACCUAGUCGACUCCUAACCUGGUGUCAGAAUCAAACUCGGGGUUACAGGGGAGUGGAUGUCGCCAAUCUCACGUCAUCCUGGAGGGACGGUCUGGCCCUGUGUGCCCUCAUUCACCGGCAGAGGCCUGAACUCAUCGACUUUGACUCCCUGAACGAGGAGGAUGCGGCGAGGAACAACCAGCUGGCGUUUGACGUGGCUGAGCGCGAGUUCGGCAUCCAGCCAGUGACUACAGGAAAGGAGAUGGCUGCCAGAGCUGAACCAGACAAGCUGCUGAUGGUCCUCUACCUCUCCAAAUUCUUUGAGGCCUUCAGGAAGUCAUCGCUGAACAACAAUGUCCCCAAGGAGCCAGAUGAAAAUGGUGAAGAAUAUCCACCUAAAUCCAACCACAAAGUGCUGAACUUGCCUCAGCCCAGGAAGAGGAUACCCAGGGAUGAGAAGAAAGCAGAGGAUGAUUCUGUUAACAAACGGAGACGGAAAGGAAGCGGCUACCUCACAGAGUUGUCCUGCCAUAGUGCGCCACCUGCUGGUGAGGACGGAGAGCUGCGGGAGAACAAGGUCCGCUCCAUGGCAACUCAGCUGCUGGCCAAGUUUGAGGAGAACUCCUCAACGGCAAAGCUGCACACCAAGUCCAAGGACCCAUCUAGUCCUUCCUUUUCUCCUCCUUUGUCUCCUUCCACCACCUCUCCAUCUUCAGAUGAUGAUGAGGAGGAAGAAGAAAACCCCCGUUUUGCUAAACCCAAAUAUAUCCAACCUCUUUCUCCUCUUCCUCCAUCUUGUCCCAAAUGGCAGCCUUCGAUCUACCUUCGGUUGCUGGAGAAUCCCAGUUCUGUUUCUCAGCAGACCAGUUUCCUCUCUUCUAAUAAUUCAUAUUUUGAUCAGAGCAGCCAAAGUCGUUCCCCAUCGCCCUCCCACUUUCAGAUCCCUGUGAGUGUUCCUGGCUCUGAACUUUGUCACACAGAAUACACCCCAAACACAGAAGACUCCCCAAACCGUCCUACCUGUGUGUCUGAUCUGUCCGCUUUGGACUCUGAUCCAUCAUGCGAUGCCUCUGAGCAGAAGACUAAAAACCAGAGGUUGUCGACUAGAGAAUUUUCACGCAGGAGUAUAAAAGAGAGAGCCGUUCUCCUGUCCACCAUGUUUCAUGGGUCCAACAAACCACCUGCUCCUCUGUCUGUUUCACAGGUGGAGUCAUCUACCUCCUCCUGUCCUUCCACACCAUCUCCUCCUCCUCCUCUCCCUCCUCCUCUGUCUCUAUCUAAAAGCUCCACCAUGUUCCCUGCGGUCCACCCUGUUCCCGAUCCCGUCGCUCAGACCUGUUUCACCUCUGAACCUAAAGUGACCUCCUCUCUUCUGUCCUGCUCUGAAUCUGAGAAAACUGAGCAAAACUCUUCUUCUCGUCCUGAUACGUUCCCAUCCAGCAGCGAAACGUGUUCUUCUGUCUCUUCGUCUUGCAUCGGUAAAAGUCAGAACGCCUUCACUAAUCUCGAGAGGAUAAAAAAUGUGGAAAAUGAGCAGCAGAGGGUUCAUGGAUCGGGUUUAAAACUAGCUGAGAAGGAUCCCACUAAGUGCACUGCAGCCUGUGAUGGUGAACGCACCAGAAGAAAUAAUCCAAAAUCAAUUGUUCGCUCUGAGAGCUGUCCCUCUGGAGCUCCUAGUUACAGUAAAGAGCGAGUAGUUGGAAAGGUAUCAUCAGCAAUAGAUGCUAAAGCUCAGAAACUGGCCGUCCUUUAUGAGACAGACCACAGGCCCAAUGCCGCACUGUGUGUGGUGCGUAAAGAUUUCCCUCCUGGACUCGGUGGCAGCGACAUCUGCCACUUCUGCUCCAAACGGGUAUAUGUGAUGGAGAGACUCAGCGCUGAAGGCUACUUCUUCCAUCGCGAGUGUUUCCGCUGCGACGUCUGUAACUGCACCCUCCGUCUGGGUGGACACACGUUUGAUUCACAGGAGAAAAAGUUUUAUUGCAAGAUUCACUAUGCCCAGCGUCAAUACAGCACCAGCUGGGGCAGGUUCAGAAGAACAACGGAAAACCUAAGCCACCUGAAACCCUCGUCUGUGGACAGCGGGAUCUAUUCAGCCACAGGCGCCAUCCAACCCGCAGAAGGAGACCUUCCCACUCCUGCUCCCCUCUCCAGAUCUCUCUCAUGUACCUCCUAGUCUUUGCUCAGGAAAUAAUUAGACAGCAGAUUUUUUUUUCUUUUUUUUUUUUGUCUAACCCUGCCUGAAAACUCAUGUUGGCGGUACGAUUUCUCUCUCAGUUGUAUCGUUGCAGCCUGUUGAUCAAUUUUUGUGUUGCCUAUUAUACACAAAUUUUGUAAAAUUGCUUAAUUUAUGACAUUUAGAAGCUGUGUAUAUAACUAUUGAUAAAUAAAUGUAUUUGAUCGCAAUAUUCAUUUGCAGUGUUAUUUGUUACCCAUCAGUUAAAUUGCAUUAUUUCCAAAAGACCAAAUAUUCACAAUGGGGUUCAUUCACACAACUUGUUCUCGAUACCAGCAAAAUCAACACAUUCUGUGAAGCUGUUUAAUGUAAAUCCUUCUUCCAGCUCUUUGAGUUGACCUAACAUCACCCACACAAAUCAUGCUCAUGAUCACAGCCUUUAACAAUUAACGCGUGCUUUAUUUAUUUAUUUUUUUAAAGAGGACACAGAUGCUUGAGCUUUGCAGCAACUUAAGUGGGUAUAAUCCUGUCCAUCUUGUGACAAAAUGUUACAAAAUUGAAGAUUUCCUAAAUGCAACAGCCUGAGAAAAAGGGUGGCCGUCAUGCAAAAGCUUAAUUAGUAUAUA